CUAAGAGAUGGCGCGUGUGGGACUCAGUCUGGCCUGAGAAUUGGGUGCUGCUGGCACUGGAAAAAGCUGACUCUGACUCCUGGGCACCUGCUUUGACUGGGCCUUCACUUCCAGCCACCUCAGUCCAACGGCUACGGAAAACCACUUCUUUUCUCUUAAUGAUGGGUAUUGGGAAGAACACCACGUCCAAGUCAAUGGAGGCUGGAAGUUCCACGGAAGGCAAAUAUGAAGACGAGGCAAAGCACCCUGCUUUCUUUACUCUUCCGGUGGUGAUUAACGGAGGUGCCACAUCCAGUGGAGAACAGGACAACGAAGACACCGAGCUCAUGGCCAUUUAUACCACCGAAAAUGGCAUCGCAGAAAAGAGCUCUCUUGCAGAGACCCUGGAUAGCACUGGCAGUUUAGACCCCCAGAGAUCGGACAUGAUUUACACCAUAGAAGAUGUUCCUCCUUGGUACUUGUGUAUAUUCCUGGGGUUACAGCACUACCUGACCUGCUUCAGUGGUACAAUCGCAGUGCCUUUCCUGCUGGCCGAUGCCAUGUGUGUGGGCUAUGACCAGUGGGCCACCAGCCAGCUCAUCGGGACCAUCUUCUUCUGUGUGGGAAUCACAACCUUGUUGCAGACGACAUUUGGAUGCAGGUUACCCCUGUUUCAGGCCAGUGCUUUUGCAUUUUUGGCCCCUGCUCGAGCCAUCCUGUCUUUAGAUAAAUGGAAAUGUAACACCACAGAUGUGUCCGUCGCCAAUGGAACCGCAGAACUGUUGAUGCACACUGAGCAUGUCUGGUACCCCCGGAUCCGAGAGAUCCAAGGGGCCAUCAUCAUGUCCUCCUUGAUAGAGGUGGUCAUUGGUUUCCUAGGCCUGCCCGGGGCUCUGCUGAAGUACAUUGGGCCGCUGACCAUCACACCUACGGUAGCCCUCAUCGGCCUCUCGGGUUUCCAGGCAGCGGGAGAGCGAGCAGGGAAGCACUGGGGCAUCGCCAUGCUGACAAUUUUUCUAGUGUUACUGUUUUCUCAAUAUGCCAGAAAUGUUAAGUUCCCUCUCCCAAUAUACAAAUCCAAGAAAGGAUGGACUGCAUACAAGUUACAGCUUUUCAAAAUGUUCCCUAUAAUCCUGGCCAUCCUUGUGGCCUGGCUGCUGUGCUUCAUCUUCACGGUGACAGACGUCUUCCCUCCCGACAGCACAAAGUAUGGCUUCUAUGCCCGUACAGAUGCCAGACAAGGCGUGCUUCUGGUAGCCCCGUGGUUCAAAGUCCCGUACCCAUUUCAGUGGGGCCUGCCCACCGUCUCUGCCGCUGGCGUCAUUGGUAUGCUCAGCGCGGUUGUGGCCAGCAUCAUCGAGUCCAUCGGUGACUACUAUGCCUGUGCGCGGCUGUCCUGCGCCCCGCCACCUCCCAUCCAUGCUAUCAACAGGGGGAUUUUUGUGGAGGGCAUCUCCUGUGUCCUUGACGGUGUCUUUGGAACUGGGAAUGGCUCAACUUCCUCCAGUCCCAACAUUGGAGUGCUGGGAAUCACCAAGGUGGGCAGCCGCCGGGUGAUACAGUACGGGGCGGCCCUGAUGCUGGCACUGGGCAUGGUGGGGAAAUUCAGUGCCCUCUUCGCCUCCCUUCCCGAUCCUGUGCUGGGAGCCCUCUUCUGCACUCUGUUUGGGAUGAUCACAGCUGUUGGACUCUCAAACCUGCAGUUCAUCGAUUUAAAUUCUUCCCGAAACCUCUUUGUGCUUGGAUUUUCGAUCUUCUUUGGACUCGUCCUUCCUAGUUACCUCAGACAGAACCCUCUUGUCACAGGAAUAACAGGGAUCGAUCAAGUGUUGAAUGUUCUUCUCACAACUGCUAUGUUUGUAGGAGGCUGCGUGGCUUUUAUUUUGGAUAACACCAUCCCAGGUACUCCAGAGGAAAGAGGAAUCAGGAAGUGGAAGAAGGGCGUCGGCAAAGGGAACAAGUCACUCGAUGGCAUGGAGUCCUACGAUUUGCCAUUUGGCAUGAACAUUAUCAAAAAAUAUCGAUGCUUCAGCUACUUGCCCAUCAGCCCAACGUUUGUGGGCUACACGUGGAAAGGCCUCAGGAAGAGCAGUGGUGGCAGGAAUUCAGAUGAAGACUCACAGGCCACAGUAUAGCCUCAGGGGCGCCCGGUGGCCGGCGGGUUACAGUGAGGCAUGUGUCCGCAGUUCCUUACUGAGUCAUACGCAGUAAAAUAGAUGUCUGUAUAUCUACAUUUAC